AUGGCAGGAAUCUUGUGGAAGAGACGUUUCCUAGCUGCUGCAGUGUGUCUGGGGCUGCUGUGUGUUCUCCUACUGGCUGGGAUCAUAGGCCUGUUACUCUACCAGAGAGACCAGUUACAGACCAGUUAUAACACCCUGACCAAAGAGAGAGACCAGCUACAGACCAGCUACAACAACCUGACCAAAGAGAGAGACCAGCUACAGACCUCUAAUGAAUAUGCCACAUGUCCCCAAGACUGGAAGAAGUCUUGCUGCAGUUGUUACUACAUCUCCCCUGAUGAGAAAACGUGGGAAGACAGCAGAAAGGACUGUCAGGCGAGAGAAGCAAACCUGGUGAUCAUCGACAGCAGAGAGGAACAGGCUUUAAUCAAAGCGUUCAAUAGAAGAGCCUGGUUUGGUCUGACUGACAGAGAAGUUGAGGGAACCUGGAGAUGGGUGGAUGGCACACCACUGAACACAAGUUACUGGAACAAAGGGGAGCCAAAUGAUUUGCAAGGAGAAGACUGCGCUUUGGUUGACAACACUCAACAGGACCCAGUAGUGGCUUGGAAUGAUGUGCCAUGUGACCACAAAAAUGGUUGA